CGAAGAGAAGAGAUGACUUCUCUACCUCCUGAAAAGAUAGCAGCACUGCGUCAGUUGGUGCACAGUCAUGUGAGUAAGGCUGGAGUACAGGAGCAGAUACGAGACUGCCUCACGAGUGUCUCAGAGGGAGACAGAAGUGGUCUGGAUGAGGGGGCGUUGCUGGCAGCCCUGGAGAAGUGUGGGCUAGUGGAUCAUGUGAUGAACACACUGGACCUCAGCGGACUGAGUCAGGGGUCAGAGGUCACUGAGACAAGAGGGGGUGGGGCCAUAGUGGAGGAUCAGUGUGUGGGCGGUGUGGAGGAGCCCCCUAAACCACACCCACUCCACAAGCGCUGUCUCCUCCUAAAAGUGACUGGAGGCCGUGCUUUUAUCGAACAUCUCACAGACAAUCCUUGUUCUGAUUGUCAACCAACUUUCACUCUGCAUGUUCAUUUCCAAAACCAGCGCUUCCACUCCAAGUCCAUCCCGUGCUCAUGUGAUCCAACCAUCAACGAAGCAUUCCUAUUAGAACUGAGCAGUCAAUCUACCCACUCUUUAUCCUAUACCGAGGCUCUGUCGCUAGGCAACCCUAUCCAUCUAGUUCUCACACGAACACUCUCCAACUCAAGCACAGAAACUGUUGGCACUAGUCGUGUUGAGUGGCGGAGUGUCCUGACAGAGAGGUCUGGUAGCACUCUCACUAGUGUAGAGCUGACUGGGGUGGGGAGUCAAGCUAGUAUACCAGCCGGGAUUAUAGAUAUCAAGUUAGAGCUUCUUCCCAGAUCAAAGGAUCAAGUUAUUCACUCUGAUAUGCUUAAAGCACAACUUGGGAUUGAGAAACAACGAAAGGAUGAAAGAGAUCGUUUGUUCCUGAUCUACACGAAACAAUGGUGGAGGGAAUAUUUGGAGAUACGAGCGUCUCAUUCUCAGAGACUGGUUAAGAUAUUUGCCCGGGAUGAGAGCGGGGGAAGCCAUCUUGUGUGCACGUACAUCCACCCCCUCAGAGCAGGGAGACUAUUGGACAGCCCUCGCCAUGCAGCAAGGUUUGUGAGUUUGUUUCCAUUUGAGAAGACGAGCAGUGUUGGCAAUGAAGGAGCUUGUGCUCAAGUGUGGACCACCCACCACACACUACUGACACAGAGGAAGGGGUGUAUUGAAGACCACUGUGUGCUACUGUGUAGUCUACUGCUUGGAUUUGGCCUCGAUGCUUAUGUCUGUGUGGGGUCAAAGGUCAAAGGGGUGGGCCACACGUGGGUCAUGACCCUUAGCUAUGAUGGAUCUGUUACCUUCUGGGAGAGCAUCACAGGUCAAAGAUACAGUCAUGCUAUAUUCGACCAGUCCACUCAUGCAGGAAGGGCCCACCCUCCUCCAGCACACCCCUACCGUACCAUAGGCUGCAUCUUCAAUCAUAAGAGCUUUCUUGCCAACACACAAUCCACUGACUCUCUAUUGACUGUCUCCUUCCAACUGGACAAUGAAGCACUAUGGAAGCACAUGAGCCACCAGGCUAUCAGGUCUGUGACUAGCCUGCAGUGUAGUGGCAGCAUCCCCCCCCUCCUGCCCAGUGGAGUGGACCAUGGGUUGGCUAGUCAUCAGCUAGAGACACAGCUCAGAGCGCUCACAGUGCAACACAGAAGAGACCUGUGCUUGAGUACAGUGUGGGAUGAUGACCUUUGCUACCUCCUUAGCCCCGCCCUAGCCUCGUACGAGAUGGAGCGUUGUCUAGGAGUGGGAGGCAUUAGCAACGAGGAGUUUCAGGACUCCAUCAGAAACAUUGUACCAGAUGGUCACUCGUUCAAGGGAUUUCCCCUCCAGCUCCUUCACAGGGACCCACACAGAGCCUUCGCCAUCUGUCUCAGGUCUCCAGUGUGUGCAGAGGUGGUGGGUUGCCAGGGAGACAGUGUGAGGCUAGCACUCAGAGUGAGGGUAUUCCCUUAUCCUGAGGACAGGUGUGCUGUCUGGAUCAUGUUCGCUGUCAAGUACCAGUCCAUCCUUUAGUUACCACUGCUGCUCUGUUUAACAAACUGAACAUAACUAUCUCACAGCUACAUAUAUUAUAUGUACUAUUCCACACAUUUUUUCAUUUCUCACUAGCUGGCAAUUUAUCACUUUUGUUAGGCCAGCUUUCAUAUAUAUCGUGACAUGCAUGUAUAUAAUCUGUACUUGAAUUACCAUAUCAAUUAUUGUCGAAUUGUA